AUGACGGUUGCGCGACCAGUUCGGGCGUUGAUCGCCGUCGGAUGCAUCGUUUGGUGUUUCUUUCUAUGGCAAAUAUUUGCUCCUUCAUGGGGUCUAAGAGGUCCCGGCGAUCGAUACUCCAAUUUUGAACGGGACCCCAUGUUAGAUCCUACCGACGAACCAGAAGGAAAAUUACAUCGAACGAGUCCGAGAUAUGCCCCCGAUGCGAAAGACAGCGAGCGCAUCGACGCUACGCUAUUAGCCCUUGUAAGGAACGAGGAGGUGGAUGCUAUGGUUGCGUCGAUGCGUGACCUCGAAAGGACAUGGAACUCCAAAUUCAACUAUCCCUGGACAUUCUUCAACGACAAGCCAUUCACAGAGGAGUUUAAGAGGAAGACAAGAGCGGCGACCAAGGCAAAGGUCAACUAUGAAAUCAUCCCGGACGAACAUUGGGAGAUGCCCUCUUGGAUAGACCAACAAGUCUUUGAAGAGUCGGCCAAGAUUCUAGAGAAGAAUGGAGUUCAAUACGCAAGCAAGAUCUCAUACCAUCAAAUGUGUCGAUGGAACAGCGGUCUCUUCUACAAGCACCCAGCUCUGAAGGACACUCGCUACUACUGGCGCGUGGAACCAAACGUACACUUCUUUUGCGAUGUCGACUACGAUGUCUUCCGUUACAUGCACGACAAUAACAAGACAUAUGGCUUCACGAUCAACCUCUACGACGACCCCAAAACUCUUCCUUCUCUAUGGCCCGAGACAGUCAAGUUUCUAGCUCAGCACCCAAACUACAUCAACAAAAACAGUGCUAUCGACUGGGUCACCGAUGAUAUUCGCCGACCGCAGACAAACAGAAAGGCUCAGGGGUACUCGACUUGCCAUUUCUGGAGUAAUUUUGAGAUUGGAGAUAUGGAGUUUUGGCGGAGUAAGACUUACGAGGACUACUUCAACCACCUUGACAAGGCAGGUGGUUUCUUCUACGAACGAUGGGGUGAUGCACCUGUUCACAGUAUUGCUCUUGGUCUAUUCGAAGAUCAGAGCAAGAUUCAUUGGUUCCGUGAUAUCGGAUACCAACAUAUUCCCUUCUUCAACUGUCCCAACUCGCCAAAGUGCAAAGGCUGUGUUACUGGUCGUCUCACAGAUGGUGAAGCUUGGCUACAUCGAGAAGACUGUCGACCCAACUGGUUCAAAAAGGGGUACGAGCUUUUGGGUUAUGGCAGUUUGGGUCCCGGUUUUGGCGCUGGUGGGAAGCGAUCAAUGUUCAAGCAAGCUGUAUGA